CGAAGAAAGAGGGAGAUGAGAGACAGCGAAAAGAGUGCCUCAAACCCACAGGCCACAUAUAAAUAAAAUAUCAUCUUAACGCUAUUUAAUCAACAAUAGCACAUUUUAGUGGGCUUGUUGGUCGUUUUAAAUGGAAAAUGUACCUGUAUUUAAACUCAAAAUGUACAAAGUAAGUUUUUUUAAAUACUUGUUUAUCCAAUGCCGCUUGAUCAGUUAAAGUGGACGGGCUUUUAUUUUGAAUUAGGCAAACAGGAAGUGGUGAAAGUUUAAGAACAUUGCGCUUCCGAAAUGUGUGUAUUAUUUCCUUGCCUCUGUCAACCGGCAGAUCCGACAACUUUUUAACGUUAAACACCUAGUGUAAAGCAUUUUAAUUUCUUUAUGUAUCACAUAUUUUGUCGCUUUUAACUUGCACUACUCCAGGUCAACACUUUCUGUGACAUGUGGAAUACAUAAUUACAGUUUUUUUUACUUUUUGUAUUUCACGGAGAUUUAAGAUCAAUCGAGUCAGCGGAUUACGCCAAUUUCACCCAAAACAAGGAUUUAACUAUGGCACAAACAGAGACUAAAGAGGAUCUCUUGAAGGAUUCAACUAAUGUUGAGUUACACAACACAUUAUCAAAGGAAGCAUCUCCAGAAUCAAAAUGUCCUAUAUGCCUAGAUCACUUCAAAAACAUAUCUUACCUAAAUGUGUGCUUACAUAAGUUUUGCUUCCUUUGUGUCCGUGAGUGGUCGAAGAACAAAGCAGAAUGCCCUUUAUGCAAACAACCAUUCAGAUCCAUAUAUCACACCAUUAAGGCUGAAAAUGACUACAAAAGGUUUGACUUGCCACCAACCGAAAAUGGCUCAUUUGGCAACGUUGCAGGGCAAAGAUUUAGGUAUCGCACCACAGUUACAGGUGACCAUAGACCAGCUCCAAGGCGAACGUCUCCUCCCCAUGACCACGGAAUCUUAUUCGAGGGUAUGAGCGGAUCUCUUCCAGAGGACCAAAAUAGAGAUCUCCAUCGCAUGAUGAGGAGGAUGGCAGCCAGGCGUAGGGCAGAGAGUGAGGGCAGGUCCGUGCGGAGUCUUCGCGAACAAGAAGUAGUCAAAUUCAGACGGGCUUUAUACAGAAGAGGUGUGCGAGUCCAAAGUGUUCGGGACGGUGGCCGUUCCAGAGAGACCUCUGCAGAGUUCUUCAGAAAAAACCCUGCUUGUCUCCACAGGCUUGUGCCAUGGUUGAGACGGGAGCUCACAGUUCUGUACGGCACGCACGGUUCUUUCGCCAACAUACUGCAGCACAUCAUCAUGACCCUAAUCACUCGACAUAACCUGGACGAUCACGCUGUUCUUCAUGAACUAAGGCCCUUCUUGCUGUCCCACACAGAACAUUUCUUGCAUGAGUUUCUUAGCUUUGGUCAGUCUCCUUUCAACAUGGAAGCGUAUGACCAGCAUGCCCUUUAUGACCUGCCUGGCCCCUCCACUGAGAGCAGCAGUUCAGACACCUCUGUAAUUGACAUUUCUGAGGAAGAGAGUGAUACUUCAAUGCCAGAAGCCCAGGAUUUUACCACUCCUAGGGUCACCUUAAGCCAGACGGCAUGGGAUGAUGAGACCCCUGGACCGUCCUACUCUUCAGAGCCAUCCCAGGUUUUUCCUGUACAUGUGAGUGAGUCCGACUCUGAUAGCAGUGUAGAGGAAGCAGUUGUGUCUGUUGCUGCUGUUACACGGCAGGACCAUUCCUCUGACAGUGAUGAAGACUGUGUCAUCGUCGGAUAUGUUAAGUCAGUUGCAGAAAGGACACCAGAACUGGUCCAGCUUUCAUCUGAUUCAGAAGAGCCUGAAGAAAACGAAGAGCCACAAAGAGCUCGCCUACCCCAACAUAUUCGUUUUACUUCAGAGUCACCCAUUGUCACUCGGAGACACUCGCAGAGUUCAAGAAGGGGCUCUUACUCUCCUGAAGACACUACACAUAUCCACACCUCUAAUCGUGCUAGACUAGAGGAUAACUCUGACAGAACGCAUCACAAAAGAGAGCUGUCUAAAGAGAGAUCCGCACACAGAAACAGAACACACGCCAGCUCUCAUAAAGAUAAGCGUGAGAAGAGACGUGAAAAAGAGCCCAGUCAUGGCACCCCAUCUUAUUGGCAUUCAUAUAGCCAUCAUAGAGAGAGUGGAAGGAGAUACUAUUCAGAGACACACUCAUCCUACACAACCUUUUGCAGAAGGGGAUACGAUCCCUCUUGUUCUCAGUCACAGAGUAGAAGGCAAAGCAAGGACCGUCAGAGGUUCAGAAGCCGCUCGUGGAGCAACUCUCGAAUCAGCUCCAGCUCCUCCAAACAUCAUGGCAGAAGCCACUCAAGGAGUAAUUCUAGAAUCAACUCCAGCUCCUCUCGUCUGACUUCAAAUUAUGAUGAAGAUGGCAGGAAAAGAAAAUACAAAACAAAGCAUCUAGAGGAACGCUCAAGGUGGAGCUCUGAAAAAUCUGAUGAAUAUCAUCGAAAGAAGAAAAAGAAAGAAAAGAAGCAUCACAAGAAGUCCAAGAAGAAAAGUGGGAGUCCAAGUAUAGACACUGUUUAUGAUGAUAAAUCUGAGCAUAGUAGGAAACAUCAGAAAAAGAGGAAGAAACAAUGCAAGAAAAGCAAAAGACAUAAGAGUAAAGGGAGAGCAGGAAGUCAAACCCCAGACCUAAUAACAAUUACAACUGACAGUGAUGGUGGUAACACUGACCCUGCUGUACCCUCAGACAGAAAUGUUUGUCCUGUUAGUUCCACUGUCAUAGUUACUGACAAUGCUACAGAAACUCAGCUGGUCAAUACUGGUUUUGUAGAUGUAGCGCAAGAAGCAACUGCUGCCAAUGAAUGUAGUUCUGAUGUGGAUGCAGGAAAUCACCAUCAAAAAGAUUAAAUGCCAUAUGAUUGAAUUUGAAUGUUAAAAUGAACUGUUUUUGUAAACUGAUAAAGUUGUCAUAGUAUAUUUUUUAUGAAAACAUUUUCAUAAAAACAAAUGUACAUCAGAAAUUCUCUUGAUGCACAUUUUAGGCCGAAAAGUUAUGUAAUUGUACAAGAUUGUCUAACCGUGUUGUCAAUGGUUUUUGUAUAUCUUUUUUUCGGGCCAGGGCAACAAUCAGAGUCUGUAUAUGGCUGUCUCUAAUAAAGUGAAAGGGAUCAUACAUUUCUACAAAUAAUGUGUAUACACAUUAAUGUUUUUUUUUUGUAAGGUUGGCAGCAUUCUUACAAACAUUGCAGUUCUACAAUUUUCUACAAAUUAAAUGUAUUUUAAAGGGUUACUUCACCCCAAAUAAUGUUGUUCUUUUGAACUCAAAAAGAGAUGUUUUGAAGAAUUUAGAAGCAAACAGUUCUGGGGCUCCUUUGACUACCAUUUUUAUUUUGUGUGUACUAUGGUAUGAUGUCCCAGAAAUGUCAUUUGCUAACAUUUUUUCUAAUAUAUUUCUUUGUGUUCAUCAGAACAAAUGUAUAAAGGUUCGGAUUCGGAACAACUUAAGGGGGAGUAAUUCAUGACAGAAUUUUCAUUUUUUGGGUCAAGUGUCCCUUUAAGGUGGUAUUCCAUUUAACUUUUUUAGAUAACGUUACACAUUAUUUUAUUUGUUCAUAAUAUCUACAAUAGGUCUAGUUCUCCUUGAUGUGUUUUAGUCAGCUAGAUCUUUGUGUUGUGGCUCUAAGGGCGGUUUCCUGGACAGGGUUUAGUAAUAUUCCCAGACUCACUAAAAUGUUAGAGGUGUCUUGAUCAAAAAAGACUUGCAAUGACAUAUCUUGAUGUAUAUCAGUGCCAUUGUUUUGUGUUAAGAUGCAGAGAAGUAAU